AUGUCUGGAUAUGAAGAAGAGCUUACAAUUCCAUUCUUCUAUGGGAAGAUUGAUACAGAGGCAUACCUUGAUUGGGAAAAGAAGAUGGAGUUUUUCUUUGGACUCCAAUACUACACUGAAAAGAAAAGGGUAUGUCUAGCAGUCAAUGGACUCUGUGGAAGUGCAUUCUCAUGGUGGCAGAGAGUUUCUCAGACUAGGAGAUUUGAAAAAAAAUCACAAAUUACUUCAUGGGUUGAGAUGAAGACCUUGAUGAAGAAGAGGUUUGUCUUGCAGUGGAAACUUCCGAAACUAAAACCAGAUGCAGCAGCAAAGCUUACUACUUUAGAUCAGCCUGCCUGUUGGUCUGAAUUGCCAUCAAAAGAGGCUGAGAGAAGAUCUGUGGUUCCUGUUUUAUCAUUGAAACAAGAGGAGGAAAAGCUGCAAGCUUCUAUAUUGGCUUCACCAAUAAAACAGAUUGAGGAGAGUCAUGAAACUGAAUCAGAACCAACAACUCUUUGUCUAAAGCUAGAGGAGGAAGUACAAGUUGCAGAAGCUGAGUGUAGCCACGUGCCUGAUCAAACAAAACAAGAAGAAGAAGUUUCUAGAGGGUCAUCUAAAGCUCUUGAAUUGGUGUUUUCUACUGUUGAGCAAGCUCAACUUAGUGGAGCAUCUGGUGGUUGUUAA